GUAAAAGAGCGCAUAAAAAAGGGGAGAAAAGGCCCACAGAGGCAAGGCCGCAAAUCUAGAGUAGAGCCAAAUACCAAAGAGGAAAGAAAAGGAGGGAGAGAGAGGGCGGCGAUGGUGUCGGACUCGGAGCUCGUGGAGCGGCUCCGGGAGUUCCUCCGGGCCUCCGACCUCUCCACCACCACCACAGCCAUCGUCCGCCGGAAGCUCGAGGAGGACUUCGGCGUCGAUCUCUCCAGCAAGAAGGCCUUCAUCAGGGAGCAGGUCGAUCUUUUCCUCCACAGCGAGCUCAACGACAACAAGGAGGUGGAAGAGGACGACGGCUUGGGAAGGGAGGAAGGCGAAAGGGACCGAGAGGAAGGCAGGGGGGAGGCGGACGAGGAGGAGGAUGAUGAGCAAGAGGACGACGAGGAGGAAGAAGACGAGGGCGGGAGCAGCAGGAAGAGGCGAUUGACCAAGCUCAAUAAGGAGGUCAAGAAAAGGGGUGGCGGAUUUACUAAGCUGUGCAGUCUUUCUCCAGCACUGCAACAAUUUGUUGGCGAAUCUGAGUUAGCCAGAACUGAAGUUGUGAAGAAAUUAUGGGCUUAUAUUCGUCAGAACAAUUUGCAAGACCCAAACAAUAAGAAAAAGAUAAUAUGUGAUGAAAGACUGCAAAGCAUUUUUAAUGUCAGCACCAUUGACAUGUUUCAAAUGAACAAAGCUUUAUCAAAGCAUAUUUGGCCUUUAAAUUCUGAAGGUGGCCCAUCGACCGUAGUGAAGUCAGAACCCAAGGAGAAACAACAUAAAAAGGAAAGAGAAGGAAAGCGGCAAAAAGGAGGUUCUUCUGGUCUUCUUGCACCCCUUCCACUUUCAGAUGAUCUGGUGAAGUUUAUUGGUACUGGUGAAAAUGCAUUAUCUCGGUCUGAUGUCGUGAAAAGGAUGUGGGAGUACAUAAAACAAAACAAUCUGCAGGAUCCUGCUGAUAAGAGGAAUAUUAUAUGUGACAAGAAGCUAAAGGAACUGUUAAAGGUUGAUUCUUUUAGAGGCUUCACAGUUUCCAAGUUGCUGGUGGCUCAUUUCAUCAAGACAAAAUAACAGAACUCUUGAAGUCAAGGUGAGUGGAAGAAGACAAAGUGAUACCUGUUCUAACUUUUUGUAAAGGGAGUAUGGACACUGUUCUUCAUGCCUGCUCGGUCCUUGAAUAUACGCUGUCAUUUUGUGCUGCACUUCUGGACAGGCACCUUGUUAAACUAGAGCUAGACCUGUAAAUAAAACUUACAUCAUAUGAAACAAAAGAUUUUUGUAUUAAAUCUUGAACCUGGUGCUUUUAGGUAGCUCUGGAUGAUUUGUAUCUUCCUACCUAGUGUUGAGCUAAACAGUAAAAGGUAGAACCAUUAAACA